AUGAAGUUUAUCAGAGUGAUAUUUUCAAUCAGCUGCGUCUUAGCCUUAGUCACAAGCAUGAACGACAUGGGAUCGCUGAGUUUUAAAUGCAUCUUCGAUCCACAUAAGACUAUUACCAAAAUAAUACCUGGUCAACUUGUUAUACAACAUGAAAAUGAGUAUAGAUAUAAUUAUAAAACAACAUUACAACCAGUAGACUGUUUCAUAAAUGUGGCGAAAAAUUCUAUUAUAAAUAAGAGAGUGGAUAAUAUAAAAGAACUUGAAGUACAGAAUUUGAGGAGAGUCGAAGACCCACUAAACGGCAUAGAGUACAAUGAAUAUAUACAAGCACGAAAAGCAAAUGAAAUAGAGAACUCAAACGAGGUGAGAGAGGGUCUACAAAAAAGAAAACUGAAACGCGUUAUUAACACAAAAGAUGGCGCUGAAAUAGAAAUCUAUUAUAGAUCCAUAGAUGAAGAUAAACAAUUUAAAAAUCAAAAGUUUAAGCAAAUAACGAAAAUUGUUAGCUCGAAAAAAGCAACCGAUAUAAUACCAAGCAAAAAUAAAACGAUACAAAAUUUGCGAAAACCCACCGUUUAUCAGAGAUCUAUAAACGAGGACAAGUUAUUCAAAACAAAAAAUUACACAAAAAUAACGAAACGGUUGAAAUCAAAGUACCUUAAUGGAAAAGUGGGCUUGGCCAAAAAUUCGAAAGGCAAAGUGAAAAGUUUAUUUAAAGACUUUUGCAAUAGCGAAAGUGUAGGCUUGAAAAGCUCAAACAGUGAAAGUUGUUUUAGAACAAAGUUGGUCAGUGAAAAUUACGAUCUAGAAACAAGUAGUGGCAUUGCAGCUAGCAAUGACAUAUCAGCUUUAGCUUUAAUUGAGUCUGAUAAAAAGCCGAUCCCGGCAGUCUUGGAAGGAAAUGGUAUCGAAAUUCAAAGCUCUCAUGAAAAUAAUAUAAUGGAGCGCAAGAGUCCAGUUUAUAGUGAGAUGCCUAGAACAUCUAAUAAAAUUUCCGACCAUAAAUCGAAGCAUGCGUUAUUUAAUAAAAUUAGUUCUGAUAAUUUGUUGGAAAAUAUUUUGUUUAAUCCAGGGUUUAUUUAUGCUUAA